CCUCCCUCGUCCCGCUCCCCAUCCCAAGAAAUACUGGUGACGGCGGCACGGCUCAUAUUCAGUAGACUCGGCCAUUUCUCUUGCGACUGGUUCGGCCGCGACGUAUAUUUUUGUUUCUCCGUUGACGACAGUGCGGGUACUCCCGGGAAGCUUGGCAAGAUAACGCGACGCAAAAGGAUGAUACACUCCGGGCGCACCAGGCUCGAGAAAAAAGUAAGUCGCGUGGGCGUGGGAGGAGGGGGCCAGGUCGGGCAAGGGGUGCAACCGGUCGAGGAGUCCGGCGCGAGCGGUCAGUGGUGGAGGCAACAGCACCCAUCGUAUCAUCAUCAUCAUCAUCACCAACACCAUCACCAUUACCAUCACCAGGCCGGUUAUUACACGUUGCCAUCGCACACUCACAACAACCCCGUCACUACCAUGAAGCAGUCUUACAUGCAGCUAACAUGGGUGUUUCAUGACGACGAGGCGCAGAUUAAUAAGAAACUGCCAAAAGAAUUGCUGCUUAGAAUUCUCUCGUAUCUGGACGUGGUGUCGCUAUGCCGGUGCGCGCAAGUGAGCAAAGCCUGGAACGUGCUGGCGCUGGACGGGUCCAAUUGGCAGCGAAUCGAUCUCUUCGAUUUCCAACGGGAUGUUGAGGGACCAGUUAUAGAGAAUAUAUCGAGACGAUGCGGCGGCUUCCUGAGGCAGCUGUCCCUGAGAGGCUGCCAGAGCAUCGGGAACAAUUCGAUGCGUACCCUGGCCCAGUCCUGUCCCAACAUCGAGGAGCUGAACCUGAGCCAGUGCAAGAAGAUCUCGGACGCGACCUGCGCGGCCCUCAGCAGUCACUGCCCGAAGCUGCAGCGGCUGAACCUGGACUCGUGCCCCGAGAUCACCGACAUCGCCCUCAAGGAUCUCUCGGACGGCUGUCCCCUUCUCACCCACAUCAACCUGUCCUGGUGCAAGUUACUUACCGACAAUGGCGUCGAGGCGCUCGCGAGGGGCUGCCCGGAGCUGCGCAGCUUCCUCUGCAAGGGCUGCCGCCAGCUCACCAACAAAGCCGUCAAGUGUUUGGCCCGCUUCUGCCAAAAUCUCGAGGCGAUCAAUCUACACGAAUGCAGGAAUAUAACGGACGACGCGGUGAAGGAGCUCAGCGAACAGUGUCCACGUUUGCACUACGUUUGUUUGUCGAACUGUCCGAAUCUGACGGACGUGUCGCUGCUCACGCUAGCGCAACACUGUCCGCUCCUCAGCGUCCUCGAGUGCGUCGCCUGCACACACUUCACCGAUGCAGGCUUCCAGGCUCUCGCGAAAAACUGCAGACUACUCGAGAAGAUGGACCUGGAAGAGUGCCUUUUAAUCACAGACGCCACCCUCAUUCACCUGGCCAUGGGCUGUCCCAGAUUGGAGAAGCUGAGUCUGUCGCACUGCGAGCUGAUCACCGACGAAGGCAUCCGGCAGUUGGCUCUCUCGCCGUGUGCGGCUGAACAUCUGGCGGUGCUGGAACUCGACAACUGCCCCCUCAUCACAGAUGCCAGUCUCGACCACCUCCUACAGGCCUGCCACAAUCUCGAGCGCAUCGAGCUUUACGACUGUCAACUGAUCACUAGAGCCGGCAUACGUAGACUCAGAACGCAUUUACCGAACAUCAAGGUCCACGCGUACUUCGCGCCUGUGACACCUCCGCCGAGCGCGGGGGCGUCCCGGCAACGAUACUGCCGGUGCUGCGUCAUCCUGUGAUUCUGCAACGGAGCGACGCUGAUGUAAAACUCGUCCGACACGUACCACACGACCGGUGGGCAGUUGUUUCGGUGGUGAUCGCCGGUUCGCGGCGACCGUGGGACCUUCUCUUCUCUUCGUCCGGCCCGGAAUAGCGGCCGGGCUGUCAGCCGGAAACACGACAGCGACAAGCGACAGCGACAGCCAGCCGCAGCCGCCCGCAAAAGCGUCGUCGUCAACGCAGUGAGAGAAACAAGUAGCCUCAUCGUGAAUCGCGAAUCCUUCGAAAUCGGUACCAAAACCGCUACCGUUGCACGCGGCACCACGCGACGCGCCCGCGUGUGCUCGCGUUCACACGAACAGGAACGAACACGAAGGACACACAGAUACACGAACGUACAUACAGACAGACAGACAGACAAACACAACCUCGUAACACACGUACACUCGUAAGGACACAGAGAGCCGCUGCUGUAAUUAACGUACUGUUGAUCGACGCUACUAUUCACUACUAUACUCGCCGCUGUUCGAUAACUAUUCCGCGCGGUCCGUUCAUCCGUUUCUACUCGGACGAGAACCGUUGUUUCUCCAACACGGCGUCGGCGUCGUCCGGCCAACGCGACCGUCGAUGACACCUCGAGGGGAAGGAAAUUCCGGGCGACAUUCGAUUACCUCGCUGAGCAACCCUUCGCUGACGAAUCACGCGUACGCGUUCAGAUCGGCUCGUUUCUACCGUAGAAAAAAGAGAACUCGAAUGUGGAACAGAGCUUGCACGAAAUCGCGGAGACACGUUUCGCGACCACGGACAAGGUCGCUGUUCAAGGUCGAAGGAGAAUUCUACGACGCCUAAAUCGAAGAGGUUCGACAGUUUGGAUUUCGUACGAGUUCGUGGAAUUCACCGGUCGAUGAGAGUCAGUCAUCCCUAACUUCUGCUGGAACAGCAGAGAUACUUAGCUGUAACUCGGUUGCGAAAUCGAUGCAACAUUGUUCCCGAUGCACGGACCAGCAGGUUUCAGGUGGUUCGCAUCGAUCGUUCGUAUUUUAUGCGGUAUCGAUCGCGAAACGUGCGUGACAACUCGAGAAGAAGCUACUAGAAACGAAAUCAGUUUUCGUUGAAACGAGUGCUCCCGAAAAAUCGACGAUUACGCGAACGAUAGUAGAUCGAUGAGAGAGCGCGAACGUUUUUUCAUCCGCUGGUUCGUUCAGAGGGUGGGGGUGAUGUGCUGCCUAUUGACCGAGUCGGUCGCGAGUCUGACGCAGAAACGCGUCAACCGUCCGCGAAGGGUGCAUUCGCAUGCGUGAUCAUCUGCAACGGUGCAUCGCGCGUUCCCGCACACGUUCCGAUCCUAGACACACGUACGGCCGAUCUGGUGGCGAUCGAUCGAUCGAUCGAUCGACCGGCCGAAUUUUCUCGCUGUUCUCGAUGUUCCACGCGACGAAACAAAAGAAAGAUAAACGUUAUGAGCGUAUGUAUAUACAAUCCAUAUAUAUAUAUACUAUAAUAUAUAUAUAUAUUUUUUUAGUACGACGCAAUCCUCUCUUCUGCUAUAGACGUUGAAACUGUUGAUGAGAAACGCGCAUUCGAUGCGAAGUGAAUCAACUGGCACCUCCGCCUUCAAUCGCUUGUCAAUUAUAAAUAAAUGUUUCGCGUUAGAGAAGAAUGUUUGCAACACGAUCGUUGUUCUUUUAUUGUCUGACUGCGCUUUCGAGACGCAAAGGUGAACUUGGCUUGAGACGCGCAGUGGGUUGUCAAUAAUUAUAGACUCGAAGUAACUUUUACAUUUUUAGUUAUAUUCGAGGAACAUCGCAUUUGCUUAUUUCGAUAUUAGAAGCAAAAUAGAAAAUAGAAAUAUAGGAAUAUAAUGAUUCGUUAAGUUCUCACGUUUAGAUAUCGGUAACGAUGCAAAAGUUACCGAAGCGUCUAUAAUUAUGCGCACCGCUGUACUUAAGGCGAAGCGACCACUGCGUCGCGAUGAAGCACCAAGGCAAUUAAAGGAUCAUUAGCGCGUUACGAUCCUUCGUUGUCGAACCAAACGUUUUCCGUUCACAAGCGACUGAAGGCAGCUCCCGGAUGACUCACCAAGCAAACGUCCACGGUUUAUCAACAAAGUGGGCCGAUUGAUGUUCGACGCGUUGCAAAUCUCACUCUCGGACUCUACCGAAUACUCGUCUGUCGCGCCGAGUAUGUGUGUUCCUGUAGCAGUUUCUCGACGAACACUGCCUAUUAUAAACGUUAUCGAUUUAAAGUUACCGAAAAAUCUUUCGAGGAGCGAAAAGAACGAAAACGCAAAAAAAAGAAAAAAAAAAGAAACGACGAGAAGAUAAA